CAUGAAUGUCUUCAUAUGUAUAGGUAUGCCAGCUUUGUGCAUACCUGCAGACGUCUAAUACAUACUUGAAAACAAUAACUGAAGACACACAUAUACUCACAUACAUAUAUGUAUAUGUGCGUCUGUUUCUACAAAAGGAGAAAUUUUGAAUGUAAAUUGGAAAAUAAAACACUGAGGAAAGAGUCUUCAAUGGGCAAGCUUGGUUACACCAUCAGUACAAGUUUGAUAUCAGAUCGUUUAACAAAGUGUUUCGUGUGAGUCAACUGGGACAAGUGUUAAACAAGUUUUGAUUGCAUAGUUAAAACGAUGAAGACAAGUAAUGUUUACAUUGUCGCUAUUGGCAUAACAGUGCUAGCUGUAAUAAUAAAAGGGUCAACCGGUGAAAACAAUGACGACUCUGAGUCAAUAGAAUGGGAUCAGGCUGCUUCCAUUAUAGAUAGUUCACGACAACUGUUUCUUGGUAAAGGCAAAGAGACAAGUACGCCAAAUUUUGCUCGCCUUGUAAUAAUGCGCCUCAUAUACGGCAUCGCUUCCACAAUGGGUAUUGAAGACCGACUGGAAGAUGUUUUCAAUGGUGCUUUUGUGCCACCCGGUGCUGAUGACGGAAUCGGAAUUGGGUUGGGUGACUUGGAAGAUAAUGGUAAUGAUGGCAUACUUGGUGGUAUUUUUGAAGGCGACGAUAUACUUUAAUACUUGUAUGUAUUAUAAGUAGAGCAUAACAUAAGCAUAAGUAAACAGUUCUUAAAAAUGCAAAACACCAGCAAAAUCUCAACAGUACCACAUGGAUCUUUGUUAUAUUUACGUUAUAGUGAACAAGCCCUAGAGGUUUACUUUUACAUUUUAUUAUUAAAGUUGAUGUCAUAUUAUUUAUAUAUUUAAAAAUCAAAAACCCUUCAAGGCGAAAAAUAAAUACUAUUAUGAGUU